AUGACACCUUUGAAAAUUUUACCUUCCCUUGGGAAAAUAACACCCUCUGACGCUUCUGUCUUCACAUCGCACGUGACUGUUCUUAUUAAGGAUGGUUAUAACAAGAAACUUUUACACAAAAUACGUAAUAUUUAUGCUUAUUCGUUUCAAACUCACAAGCUUAAUCCAUAUAUUGUUAGCGACACACGAGGUAGUGGUACCUUGUAUAACAUCAGAAAAAGCAGAUACUUCCUUAUGGAGUUACACCCAAAUGCUGAUCUUUGUUUAACAAAGAAAAAUUCUUUCAACGUCUACACCAAUGAUAUUGACAUGCCUAAUGAUCAUCAGAGGAUCUUCAACUCAACUAGUAAAAAAAUCAAUCUUAAUUACUUAAUAGGGACAUAUCUCGCAUUUGUAUUUUCUAUCAAUAGACAAUUUUCACCUGAUACUGUGAAAAAGUAUUUUAAACGUUUACGCCAACUAUUAAUAGAUAAAUUAGUAGCGAUUAAAAAUAGACUUUCCCAUUUGGCUAAAAAUAGACAAACCAAAACUUAUAUCCGGUUCAGUUCUGGAACCCACGUGAUCUAUCUUGGAUUUUAUUUUCGCUGUAGUAAUUCUUGUACUCAACCAGCGGCCUUCGUACUUCCGAACAAUCAAUGGCAAUGUAAUAAACAUUUUACUCCUGUACUAGGGUUAAAAGGGAAAAACACUCAACGGAAAGAUAAAGACUAUCAAACUGUUAAUUUUAAUCCUUGGAAAGAAGUUCACUCAACACGUUUAGGUUUAAAAUAUCACGUAAUUGUUAAACGUUAUAAUGAAUGGAAAGGAAAGAGUAAUUCCGAUUUAAAAGAAGUGAUGAAACCUAUCACAACUAAUAGAAAAGGUACAUCUACAAGUAGACCCUUUUAUAAAGAAUACAAAAAUAUUGAGUUUUACGAUAAUAGAACACCACAACAAGUCAAAAGAUGGAAUCGUUUAAAGAAGUUAACCAUCAAACAUGAAGAAUACUUAUAUCAUAACAAACCUUUUUUAUUAAAAGAGGAUUCUACGGUAUAUAAAAAAGUAUCUCAUCUUGUGGAAUGGGGUCCCUCAUAUGAGAAAUCUGAGGAGGAUAAAUUAUCGAACCAACUUACCCGGAAAUGUGCCAAAAAUUGGCGACGGCGCGUUAAUAAUCGUAAUAAACUCAAGAAAAAGUUGCCUACACUACCUGCUGAUUUUAGUGGUGAUGCUCGGAACUAUUAUUUCCAAACAUAUAACAUCAAUUUAUUCGCUUAUAAAGUUAGAAGGCGAUAUGAUUUGUCCAACAUACCUCAAUGUCGAUAUGGAUAUUUAAAAGCCAAGAGGCUUUAUAAUAAUUAUAUGGAUCGGAAAAUUUUACAUCCUCCUACUAUUAGACAACCAUCUCCUCCUGUUAUUAGAAGAACAUCUCUUUCCCAAAUCAUCAAUCCACUAAGACAACCCCAAAUUGAUUCUUUGGCGGAUUUUGCUUCAAGGGUCGCUCAAUAUGAAGAUGCACGAUUCCGUUCAAAAUCUUCUCACAAUUCUACCACUUCGGAGUCACUUGCUCCGUUACUUGUUAAACCUACAUUGUUGGGAAUGGCUUAUCCUAGUGCGAAAGAAAAAGCUCGUUUAAACGCUUUGACUAAUGAUGACACACCUUCACCUAAUUCUAAUCUAUAUACUAACAAUUUACUUCCGAGACAAAUAGCACGACCUAAAUCUAGAAAGAAAACCCCUUCUACGGAUACCGUAGACAUUUGUAAUACACCUCCACCUGAUCCUAGUCGAUAUACUACUGAUUCACCUCCGAGACCUAUUGCGCGACCUCGGAGAAGGAAUAAUGAUUUACCACCUACGCCUGAUUCGGUUAUUCACUCUUUUAAAUAA